AUGACUAGUGUGGAAAGCAGCAAGCCGAAGAUCAUCAAUGGCUCUUGUGGUUAUGUUCUAGAAGACGUUCCUCAUCUCUCCGAUUACCUUCCAACUCUUCCUACUUAUCCUAAUCCAUUGCAAGACAAUCCAGCAUACUCAGUGGUUAAGCAAUACUUUGUUGAUGCUGAUGACAGUGUCCCUCAGAAGAUUGUUGUUCACAAGGAUAGUUCAAGGGGGAUUCAUUUUAGACGAGCUGGACCACGUCAAAAGGUCUACUUCGAAUCUGAUGAAGUGCAUGCUUGCAUAGUUACCUGUGGGGGUCUUUGUCCCGGCCUUAAUACCGUGAUUAAGGAAAUCGUAAGCAGUCUUUCUUAUAUGUAUGGAGUGAAGAGAAUUCUCGGAAUAGAUGGUGGAUAUAGAGGCUUCUAUGCAAAAAAUACUGUCUCCUUGGACUCUAAGGUCGUAAAUGAUAUCCAUAAGCGCGGAGGAACUAUCCUGGGGACCUCACGAGGUGGCCAUGAUACCACAAAGAUAGUUGACAGCAUUCAAGAUCGAGGAAUCAAUCAGGUUUACAUUAUAGGAGGAGAUGGAACACAGCGAGGAGCAUCGGUUAUAUUUGAGGAAAUUAGACGACGUGGCCUGAAAGUUGCAGUAAUUGGAAUCCCGAAAACAAUCGAUAAUGACAUACCUGUGAUAGACAAAUCUUUUGGGUUUGACACAGCUGUAGAAGAGGCUCAACGAGCUAUUAACGCAGCACAUGUGGAAGCAGAGAGUAUAGAGAAUGGCAUCGGUGUUGUCAAGCUUAUGGGUCGCUACAGCGGGUUCAUAGCGAUGUACGCUACUCUAGCAAGCAGAGAUGUGGAUUGCUGUUUGAUUCCGGAGUCACCAUUUUACCUGGAAGGAGAAGGCGGACUGUUUGAGUACAUAGAAAAACGGCUCAAGGAGAGCGGUCACAUGGUGCUUGUGAUUGCAGAAGGUGCAGGACAAGAUCUAAUGUCGAAGAGCAUGGAAUCUAUGACUCUCAAAGAUGCAUCUGGUAACAAACUUCUCAAAGAUGUUGGUCUUUGGCUUUCACAAAGCAUCAAGGAUCAUUUUAAUCAGAAGAAGAUGGUGAUGAACCUCAAGUACAUUGAUCCAACAUACAUGAUUCGGGCGGUUCCUAGCAAUGCGUCAGACAAUGUUUAUUGUACACUUCUGGCUCAGAGCGCAGUGCAUGGUGCAAUGGCUGGAUACACUGGCUAUGUCAGUGGUCUAGUGAACGGAAGACAAACUUACAUUCCCUUCUACAGAAUAACGGAGAAACAGAACAAUGUGGUGAUCACAGACCGGAUGUGGGCGAGGCUGCUCUCUUCGACAAACCAGCCGAGUUUCUUGAGCCCCAAAGAUGUCUCUGAUGAUAUAGAGAAGCCGAUGUCGGCGCUCCUUGACGAUGGCAACUGCAACGGCCCGGUGGAUUUUCCUCCGGUCACCAAAGAGCUCCUUGAUGAUGGCAACUGCAACGGCCUGGUGGAUGUUCCUUCGGUCACCAAAGAGAUCACUAAGUGA